AUGGGUAUUCUCCCCAAGCGCUUGUGGUCUACCAACUCAAUACAAACAGAUCUCGUACAGAUCCUAGACCUCGGAAGUCUCGACAGCGAUGCCUCGGGCGUUCUUUACGGAGCGAACGUCUUCCCAGCCCAUUUACCACCGCAGCAACACGAGCGAAGGUCACUCGUCAUGUUUGCCGCACUCAUCCAGCAUCCCUCCGCGGGUCUUAUUCUGUUCGACACCGGGUCAUGCGAAGACACAAUUGCAAAUUGGGACCAUGGUAUGACUGAAUGUGUGCCUCGGGUCUGGCAGAAAGAGAUCAACAGUUUGCCCGCAGCCAUUGAAGCAACGGGCGCCGGAUCCAUCAAAGAUGUGAAAAGAAUCAUUCUCAGUCAUUUGCAUUUUGAUCAUGCUGGGGGUCUUGAACAUUUUCUAGACAAAGAUGUUGAGAUCUGGGUCCACGAAGCGGAGUUCAAAAACGCCUUCUGGACAGCCGCAACGGGCAUAGAACCAUCACUCUAUGCCAAGAGCUAUCUUGACGUCUCACGCCUUAAGUGGCGCACCUUCUCAGAGGAUCAUUUCCAGAUAUUUCCCGGAAUAACACUCCAUCGUUGUCCCGGACACACAGACGGGAGUGUCGUGAUGGAGCUGCAGAUGCAACACAGUGGCACAAGCAUAUUGACUGCUGAUUUAUUCCAUGUUAAAGAGAAUUACGAGGAUACGCGGCCAGCAGGUAGGUUGAUGAGGGAUUAUAAUGCAUGGUGGAGGAGCAGGCAAUUUGUUAAAAAUUUGGUGGAGAGAACAGGCGCACGGGUCCUACUUGGCCAUGAACCGAGUUAUGCCAAGGCAUUUAAGGAAAGCCCCGAGUAUCUAGAGUAG